AUGUCAGUUUUAGGUGAUGACAUCAAAUGUAACCACGUGGAGGAAGAAACAGCCGCCCAGCUUCAUGUCGUCUGGUCUCCUAACCAACCUUCACGCGCCAAACUUAUGAUCUUGUUGAACGAAACAGAGGUGGCGCUGUGUUACCUAGAACCUGUAAAGUGUACACCGUUUUCCAAGCUCACGAAGGCAACAAUAAAGAGUACGCCAAAUCAAAGUUAUGAGAUCAAUGUCUCAGUACUUGGGGUGAAAUCUUUAGGCUACUGGAAAGUCCGAUACAUAAAUGAAGCUGAUGUAAAGAAUGACACAGUUUGUAAGUUUAUUAUGUUUGCUAGGGCUAAAGACCUGAAAUGUCAAUCACUGUCUAGAGAAGAAAUUCAUAUUUACUGUUUCUCUAAGAGAAUCUAUCCAUCGGCAGCAUGUAUCCUGAAUUACAUAGAUAAUAAAGAGAAUUAUGUUUCAGAAGAAGGCAGACAACUCCACAGCAAAGACACUUUCAGAAACGACACACACCUCUUGACGUCGACUUGCACAUUUGUUAAACCUGCUUCCAUAGCAACCACAGAUAAAUUUACUGCCCUGGUGACCAUGUUCCCGAAUAUUUCCGGAAGCCAGGCGGAUAUAAUGUACGGAACUAGCGUCUCUGUAUUAGUCACUUUGUCUAAACCUUUCAUUAAAUUUGAAAACUGCCCAGAAGAAGUAGACUUGGGUGCUGCAAUCAACUGCCUAUGUAUUGGUGAAGGUAUUGAACCAGUAAAUGCAAUGUUCAGGUGGUAUAACACAUUCACUAAUGUAGUAAUCACAAACACUUCAAGACUGACUUUUGUGGCAACUCAACACAGUCGAGAAUUUUCUUGCGUAGUUGAUGACGUACUGCACAAACGAAAUCUAUCACUGACCUAUGUGCUACACGUGAACAGUAAGUAGUUGUCAGCUGU